AUGGCUUGGGCUGCAAAUCGCGAAACAACACGUCCAGAAGAUAAGGCAUAUUCACUGCUGGGGCUUUUCGACCUCCACAUGCCUCUCAUUUACGGAGAAGGUCUGAAUAAAGCGUUCACACGUCUACAAGCUGAAAUUUUACGGGACUCGGCGGACCAUUCUAUCCUUGCGUGGUCAACCGAAUCAAGCAUCAUAAAGUCGACCGUGGCUCAACCGCACCUUACCUCCGGCGGUCCCAUAGACCCUCAGGAUCACAUCACUGUAGCGCUCGCGACUCAACCCAAGCUUUUUGCGCUAUGUAAGAAUAUAGCCACGAUAUUAGUCUCUGAUGCUCGUCCCAUUGAGAUGACAAGUAAAGGGCUAAAGAUCGACCUACGGCUGAUCCGGGACUUCAGGGAGCGAAAUGUGGAUUACUAUAUUGGAGCCCUAGCAUGCCACGAAGAAGACGACUUCGCAACAUAUGGGGGCAUCCCGCUCCUUCAGCACCAUGGACAGAAGGAUAGCUUCUUCCGCGACCCGCGUCGUCCACUGGUCAAAGUUCCUGUUGCGGAAGCGGAAGACGCACCGUUACGAACAGUCUACCUUGCAAUCAAAGCCAACGUAUAUCCCACCUCGGAUGCUCUUCGAUAUGCCGUACCGCAGCACUUCUUACUUAGGCAUACCGAAGAAGAUGGGAUGCAGGACUGGGAAAUACAUGCGCAGCCGGCGGAGAGGUGGAACCAAGUCACUCGUACCAUGCAAUUCCGCGGCAUGGGUGUUCGUCAAAGACGCGGCAUUUUGACUAUCAGAGCAAAUACGCCAGAUAAAACACACUCUUUCUCGUUUGUCAUGGCGUUCGGUAUCGAGUUGAAUGCGCCCAACGAGACCUCUGGGAACCUCAGCAGUGUUAAUGACAUAUAUCGCCCUCAGGUGCGUCUUUUCCAUGAUCGAAACGCGGAGUUAGAUGAUGAGGAGUGGUUCGGUGCCACGACCGAUGAAAUUGCAUUCCGGGAACACCUGCUGCGAGUUUACGUCAAGCAUGAGAUUCUAUUCGCAAAGCCGGUCUUUGUACUGCAGCUCCGCUUAAGGCGCCGGCCUGCAUUCGUACGAACUAUGGGUCGUAGGCGCCCUAGAGAUGUAUUUAUUGAGUAA